AUGGCAGCCCUACCACAAAUCGCCAUUCCUGGGCAACGCCUAGGCUCCCUCUCCACUUACUCCGCUGGCCCAGGCACACACGUCCAAGAAACCUCCAUCUACGCCUCCAUUGCGGGACCAGUGAUCACAGACGCAGCUCAAUCAAAGAGCCAACCAAAACCCACCCUCCGAGUCUCAAGAGCAAUUUCAAGCAAAGACCUACAACCUCGCAGCGCCGUUGUCCCCGAAGGCGCAAACCUCAAACCCCGCUACAACACCCUACCUGCAGUUGAAUCCAACGUCCUCGCACGAGUCACCCGCGUACAGAAACGCCAAGCGACCGUCUCCAUCCUCGUCGUCCUAGACGAAUCCGAGCACCUGACCGCUUCACACACAGCCUCUGACAACGACAAUGUCGCUUCCAUCCUUACCUCCGCCGCUAACCCGGAGAACCACACUGGCACAGACGAGCUGCGCUUCCAAGCGCUGAUUCGCAAGGAAGAUGUCCGCGCCGUUGAGAAGGAUCGCGUCGUCAUGGAUGAGAUGUUCCGUGUUGGUGAUAUCGUGCGAGGAUCCGUUAUCUCACUCGGUGAUCAGAGCUUCUACUACAUUACCACUGCGCGUAAUGACCUGGGCGUCGUCAUGGCUCGUAGUGAAGCGGGUAACAUGAUGUUUCCAAUUAGUUGGAAGGAGAUGAGAGAUCCGGUCACUGGGUCUGGGGAGCCUAGGAAGGUCGCUAGGCCUUUCUGA